AUGGGCAAAUCUCCCAAUGUCUACAGCUUCCCCGGCGUUGCCGAGAUGGCACCCACUCUGCGCCAGUACGUCCUCGCACAGCAGACCGCGUCAAUCGAGCGUCACGGUACCUUCAGAGUCGCCGUCUCAGGCGGCUCCCUGCCCAAGACUCUCGCCCAGGCUCUCCUGUCCAAGGGCGACGGCAGCCCUGCCGACACUGUCGACUUCAACAAGUGGGAAAUCUUCUUUGCCGACGAGCGUUGUGUGCCGCUGGACCACGAAGACAGCAACUACAAAUUGCUCAAGGACGAGCUGUUGAGCAAGAUCGACAAGGAACAAUUCGGCGAGCCCAAGGUCUUCCCCAUCGAGGAAAAGUACCUCGAUGAUGCUCAAGAGUGCGCCGACCAGUACGAGAAGCAACUCGUUUCCGUCUUCGCCGCCCGCGACUCCGUCAAGCUCCCCCAGUUCGAUCUUAUCCUCCUCGGCUGCGGUCCCGAUGGUCACACCUGCUCCCUCUUCCCUGAGCACCCCCUGCUGCGCGAGACAGACGCUUGGAUCCUCAGCAUCUCCGACUCGCCCAAGCCCCCACCGAAGCGCAUCACCUUGAGUCUGCCCGUCGUUCUUCAUGGCGCAAAGAUCGCAUUCAUCGCCACCGGUGCCGGCAAGCGCGACAUCUUCAAGCAGAUCUUCGAGACCGAGGAGGGCCGCGCCCUGCCUUGCGGUCUGAUCAACGAGGGUGCCGGAGACAAGGUCAGCUGGUUCACUGACAACGCCGCCCUCGAAGGUGUUAGUGUGCCCCGCAGAGGCAGCCUGUAG